AUGGCUCGUCUAGCUACGUCCUUCGCAGCGAAGAAGCCGCCUCAGCAGUCCAUCGAGGAGAUUAGGUGCGACCGGGUCGCGCUACUACUAUUAAACGCGAUGAAGGGCGAGGAGGCUGCAAGGAGCUUGGAUAGGGAGGGGAACGGGACGGAGAGGCUACUUAGCUUCCGGGGGAGCUUUCGCCAUGGCCAGGGACCACCAACCCAAAACCAUCGCCCUCCCCUCCGUACCCUUCAUCUCCCGGUCAACUCAGUCUCGCACGCACAGCAACAGAUGCUCUGCCAGCGCCGCGCGUCUUCCGCCCAGCCGAUGGGGUCCAACGCGUUUGUGGGCCGGAGGUCGUGGGCUAUGCCUGCGUACAGUUCUGGGUCCAACGGGUCGGCGUUUAAUAUCACGCGGUUCAACAAUAUGGUGAUGAAUGCGAUGGGUAUGAACCCUUUCUUCGGGUACGGUGAUCCUGCCGCCUCAUCAACGAUGCCGCGAUGGACGACGCCAGCCACCCAUUCCCUCUUCUUCGACUUCCGCUUCCUCCCUUUCGUCUGCCAACUCCGCCGACCCCUCCUCCCAAUCGCCCUCAGACCACUCCGCCUCCCUAGCAAGCCAGGACCUGACAACAAUCGUGCCGCCCCCGCCAGCGAUCGCACCGCACGACCUCCCCGUACUCGACGCGUCGUUGGCGUCGUCCACGUCUACGUGUUCCACUGCCACCGUAGCCGAGCUCCGUCUGAAGGGGAGAUUCUUCCUGAGAUGAGCCGUAUGGGCGUAGGUGUGAGUGUGCAUGGAUAUGAAUCGCAUAUUGCACGGCAAACACGGCAAGAAGAACCAGGUCAUUCAUUAGCAGAUGAAGAGUUUUUCUACGAGCGUGCAGGAUUCUACGAGAUUUCUCUGCCGUUCCAAUGGCUCUUCUACUAUGAUUCUCCAAAACCUUCGAGCUCAUGA